CCACCCAUCACUACCGUCGCCCGCCGUCCCCGCCAUGGGGUCUCGAUUACACAAUGCACCGAUUGUGAUUGACAACGGCAGCGGCACGAUCCGAGCUGGGUUCGCAGGCGAAGAUGUGCCCAAAUGCUUCUUUCCGUCAUAUGUAGGGAGACCAAAACAUGUGCGGACAAUGGCGGGCGCAUUGGAGGGAGACGUAUUCAUAGGGCCGCAAGCACAGCAGUACAGGGGGCUGUUCAAGAUCAACUACCCAUUGGAGCACGGCAUUGUCACAGACUGGGACGACAUGGAGCGGAUAUGGCAGUAUGUGUAUACGGAGGGGUUAAGGACAGUCAGCGAAGAUCAUCCGGUACUGCUCACGGAGCCUCCACUGAAUCCGCGCGAGAACCGCGAUACGGCAGCACAGAUUCUGUUUGAAACGUUCAAUGUGCCUGCGCUGUAUACGUCUGUGCAAGCGGUGCUUUCGCUGUACGCCUCUGGCAAGACGACGGGUCUGGUGCUAGAUUCAGGAGACGGUGUAUCGCAUGCGGUGCCAGUGUUCCAGGGAUUUGCGAUACCAAACAGCAUCAGAAGAAUUGACGUGGCAGGCAGAGACGUUACGGAGCAUUUUCAACAAUUGCUCCGGAAAAGCGGGCGCAUCUUUCACACGAGCGCAGAAAAGGAGACAGUCAAGAACAUCAAAGAAGCAACAGGCUAUGUGGCGCUUGACCCUGCCAAGGAGGAGAAGGACUGGUCAGGGUCUUCGAGAUCAGAAGGCAAGAGCAUCGACUACACGCUUCCGGAUGGGCAGAAACUGCGGGUUGGAGCGGAACGCUUCCGAGCGCCCGAGAUAUUGUUCAAUCCGGAAAUUAUUGGUCUAGAAUAUCCUGGCGUGCACCAGAUUGUGGUGGAGGCCAUUCACCGAACGGACAUGGAUCUACGCAAGGCGCUAUACGGCAACAUUGUGUUGUCGGGUGGGUCUACACUGACCAAGGGGUUUGGAAACCGGCUGCUCCACGAGGUACAGCGACUGGCGGUGAAGGACAUGCGAAUUAAGAUACUGGCGCCACCAGAGCGCAUCUACACGACGUGGACGGGCGGCAGUAUUCUGGCUGGACUGAGCACGUUCAAAAAGAUGUGGGUGGAAAAGGACGAGUGGCAGGAGAACCCGGACAUUAUCCAUACCAAGUUUGCAUGAGCAGUGAUGAUGAUGAUGCUGUGUAACGAUUGAGGAGGAGGAGCAACAGCAGCAGCAGCAGCAGUUUGGCGGUCCCACUGGUGUCCGUCUGGGCAGGGCAGGG